GACACCCCUCACUCUCUCAGUCGCUCUCUCUCUCUCUCUGAUUCUCUCUCUCGCAUUCAUUCCUUUGCUCUCCAUCUCUCUCUCUGUCUGUAGCUAAGUCUCUCUACCACACCUCGUCCAGUGCAGAGGAACAGAAAGCCCCCUGCCCAGCCCAGGGAUAGCCAGACCGCUGAGAGGAUGAAACUCUGACAAGCAGACAGACCACAGGGAAACGAGCACAACUGCCCACAGAUAAUUGGUUGAAGGGAGAGUCCAGGAAGGUCAGCCAAGAAAGCAGCCGUAGGUGCCAGCGUGAAAUCUACAGCAACUACAAUUACUUCAACAGUGAGCGGCUGGAACAAGGUGAAUGACAGGUUGUAUCUGACAGAGAGAGGACCACAGCCACGCUCCAGCCCCGCUCCAACCCACUGGUUUGUUAGUAUCAACAGUGAGUGAAUCACCCAGCUUUGGCCCGUCCGGCGUUACCUGUACAUGGAGACCCCCAGCUGGGCAGGAAACACGUUGUGUAAAUCAGGAAGUAUUGCUGUCUUCGGGAACGUGGUGUACAGCGGGCUGCUCAACGAGCACCUCUGGCAUUUAGGAGUUCCCCUCUUCACGAGACUGGGUAACCAAGAGGCCACCAACCCCCCAGAAGCCAUGGCCCAGCCGUACACGCCUGCCCAGUACCCGCCUCCCCCACAGAAUGGCAUCCCGGCCGAGUUUGCGGCACCCCACCCCCUCCCCACGCAGGACUACACCGGGCAGAACAGGGUGCCCGAGCAUGCCAUGACCCUCUACACCCCCACACAGACGCACAGUGAGCCGCCGGGCACCGACAACAACACGCCCGCCAUCACCGCCAACACAACUGUACCGACAGAUGACGUGACGCAAUCAGAGGUCUCCCUGCAGCUCCAGCUGCAGCUCUCGGACUCCUCUGAGAAGCAGCAGCCCAAGAGGUUACAUGUCUCCAACAUCCCCUUCCGCUUCCGUGACCCCGACCUGCGGCAAAUGUUUGGGCAAUUUGGAAAGAUUCUAGAUGUGGAGAUUAUCUUUAAUGAGCGAGGAUCCAAGGGCUUUGGGUUUGUAACUUUUGAAACGAGCACAGAUGCCGACCGUGCGCGGGAGAAACUAAACGGUACAAUCGUAGAGGGACGCAAAAUAGAGGUGAAUAAUGCAACAGCAAGAGUGAUGACAAACAAAAAAGUUGCCAAUCCGUACACAAAUGGCUGGAAGCUGAACCCUGUAGUGGGAGCUGUCUAUGGUCCUGAACUGUAUGCUGUAACAGGUUUCCCUUACCCGGCCACAGGGGCUACGGUGGCCUAUAGGGGCGCCCACUUGCGAGGCCGGGGGCGGGCUGUGUACAACACCUUCCGCACAGCACCUGCACCACCACCUAUUCCAGCAUAUGGAGCAGUGGUGUACCAGGAUGGCUUCUAUGGAGCAGAAAUCUAUGGGGGCUACGCUGCGUACCGAUACGCCCAGCCCACCACCACUGCUGCCUACAGUGACAGCUAUGGCAGAGUCUAUGCAACAGCAGACCCCUACCACCACACAAUCGGCCCUGCCGCUACAUACAGUGUGGGGACCAUGUAAAUAACAAAGGCAACGCUGUGCUCACUAUUGAUGGACAUCACAGAUGAAAACAACGAGAAGAGGAGAACUAGCUUUAAGGAAACAACAGGAGAAGAAGAGAAGGAGUCCCUCUACUGAGGCUGGUGAGGAAGGACGGGAGGCGUGCGUGUGGAGUGGUGCCGCGGCGGUGUCAAAACCAGCCACAAGCGCUACAGACGGAGCCAGUUUCCAGGGACCACCUUUGCCGGAUAGAAGAGAAAGACAACGAGAGAAAAAAGAGAGAAAGCAUCCUGUUAUUAUAACACAUUUUAUUUUUCUAUACUUUUGUGAUUUACAGCUUGUGAUUUACAAGUAAAAAUGUGUAUAAAACAGUAUAUAUGUACAAAUAUGUUUUUAUGUUUUUGGUAAGGAAGACGAACAGUUGGCCCUUGAUGCCGGUUCUGUUCUCUCUGGCACACCACUCCUGUCACUGACAGACAAGAGGAGGUGAUAUAUAUAUAUAUAUAUAUAUAUAUAGUUACAGUGGCAGGCUAGGAGGGUUAAUCAUCUGGGCAAAAGCAUUGUAUUACAGGUCCACUUUCUGUGGGUCGGAGUCAAUGGUUAACUUCCAGCUGGAGGUCUCUAUGGUUACACUUUCUGUGUGCGGUCUUUUCGUGGUCUCACUGGUUCGCUUCCUUCCUUGCGCUGGUGCCACUGUUCCACUGUUCCACUUCCUGUUGCAGUGUCACUGGCCAGCUUCCUAUGGGUAGUCACUGCUGUUCUCUACUUCCCUGUGGAUACUGUCGUCAUGACUCCACUUCCUCCUGGCAGCACCACUGGUCCACUCUCCAUGGGCAGUACUGUCACUGGUUUACUUCCCCGUGGAUACUGUCGUCAUGACUCCACUUCCUCCUGGCAGCACCACUGGUCCACUCUCCAUGGGCAGUACUGUCACUGGUCUACUUCCCUGUGGAUACUGUCGUCAUGACUCCACUUCCUCCUGGAAGUACCACUGGUCCACUCUCCAUGGGCAGUACUGUCACUGGUCUACUUCCCUGUGGAUACUGUCGUCAUGACUCCACUUCCUCCUGGCAGCACCACUGGUCCACUCUCCAUGGGCAGUACUGUCACUGGUCUACUUCCCUGUGGGUACUGUCGUCAUGACUCCACUUCCUCCUGGCAGCACCACUGGUCCACUCUCCAUGGGCAGUACUGUCACUGGUCUACUUCCCUGUGGGUACUGUCGUCAUGACUCCACUUCCUCCUGGCAGCACCACUGGUCCACUCUCCAUGGGCAGUACUGUCACUGGUCUACUUGUCUGUGGGUACUGUCGUCAUGACUCCACUUCCUCCUGGCAGCACCACUGGUCCACUCUCCAUGGGCAGUACUGUCACUGGUCUACUUGUCUGUGGGUACUGUCGUCAUGACUCCACUUCCUCCUGGCAGCAUCACUGGUCCACUCUCCAUGGGCAGUACUGUCACUGGUCUACUUGUCUGUGGGUAAGCCAGUAGAGAAAUGAGAAGUUCCUCCCCCAGCUCACUUUCCUCUCCAAGCCCCAGCAGAGGUCUCUGAUUCACGACGAGAGAACGAGAGUUUGACGCGUUAGUCCCUGACUUUCCUCACCUGCCAGGGUCAAAGCCCAAGCCUUUGUGUCUCUAUCUGCACCAGUGGACAAAGUAUCUCAAACAGACAGACCAACAAGCCAGGGUGCAUUUAACUAACGACGCACGUUUCCAGAGAAGAGAAUUAUUCAUCAAUGUCCAUGUAACAAUUGAAUUAUAAUCGAAUAAUCUAAUUGUAAUACAUCAGCAGGUGCAUAACCAAAACACAAGCCUAAGGCAUAUGGACUAUGUCGCUUGAUAAACAUUAUAGAACUAGUGCCCAUCCAAUGGUAAUAAAGGAAUGAGGGCUGAAACAUGUCAAUUACAAUGUUGUUUUGUCAAUGUAUUCUGAGAAUAUUUAUUUGUGUGAUUUGCAGCACUGAAAACUUUUAAAGAAGAAAAAAACGUUUUAAUUUGUUGAAGCAACCUUACUUUAUAUCAGGAGAGUCACUGUAAACAUGUGUUUAAACAAGAAUGUUGGUUCAGUUCUUGAAUGUAUUUUAAUGUCUAGGGUGUCCAACAAGUAUGUAUUCUUUUUCUGUAUAUAAAUAUAUAUAUAUAUAUAUACAUAUCUAUUAUAUGGGCUGUGGUGGUGUCAGGGAGUAGAGGGGGUAGAUAAGGGGCACCCUCCUACAAGCUAUACCCCUGAUAUACUGUAACAUGUGAUCAUGUGUUAUAUGACUGAAAGCGUGAUGGUGAUUGUGUGAACUGAUCUUCCCCUCCCCCUGCACUUAAAGAGAUUGGACAGGAUCUUAAGCACUUACAAAUUCGUAACAUGCUGUAUGAAUUGGAUUUCGUAAAACAUAUCAUGCACAUUCUUUUUGCAAGAAAAAAUGGAUGACGUUGUACACAAUUGUGCACAGUUUUUGGGGACAGAAAAACGUCUGGCUGAAAUUAUAUGAAACCUUCAUAAUGCAUCUUUAAACAAACACACAUGAACACACACUCAAAUACAGAGAAUCACAGACACACGUUUUGGCCUAGAAAUAUGCUACAGAACUGCUUAACAACUUGCUGAUUGCCAACAGAUAACUCGUGCUCCAGAGAGUCAUUCACAACUACUCUGGCCCUGCAGGGCCCCAACUACUCUGGCCCUGCAGGGCCCCAACUACUCUGGACCUGCAGAGCCCCAACUACUCUGACCCUGCAGGGCCCCAACUACUCUGACCCUGCAGGGCCCCAACUACUCUGGCCCUGCAGGGGCCCCAACUACUUCGGCCCUGCAGGGCCCCAACUACUUCGGCCCUGCAAGGCCCCAACUAAUUUCUCUCAGCUAUAUUACAGACAUCCCUAUGGAAAUAACAUGCAUAUUCAUCAUCACAUUAAGUAACAGGUCCUGUUGAGGAAGGCAAUGAUCAUAAGCAGGUUUAGUGUAUAGAUGUACAUUUGAUUGUGAGAGUCACAUAGUGUAUGUGGCUAACUAACUCCCAGUCAGUUUCAGAUGAAGUGUGAGUGUGAAGAAACAGCAGGUGGGAUGUCAGGCAGGCUGGCAGGCAGUAGGCCGCCCUCCUGAUCUCUGUGUAGACUGCAAGUACCAGUCCUUAUCUUCCUGAGCCCUGAGCACAAUGGCUUGAGCUGUGACAUGAGCAGGAUAUCCCUCUGAGAGAGAGUUACUACUGUACCACCCCCCCCCCCCCGUUCUACUGUGUGAGUCUACCGUCCCUUUUGUAUUCCUGAACCUACUGUACAUAAUAUCCCCCCUCCCCUCUGACUCCCAAAAUCUUGUAUUUUGUUCUAUAAUGACACAUUUAUUUAUAAGGAUUUUUUAAAUAUAUCUCUUUCUCCUUUUUGUAAAUGUUCCAGUUAAAUAAAGUUCAAAAAUGUUAAAAAAUUCAAUGGAUAUAUUGAAAGGUAAAAGUCUCUAAAAGUCCCCUCUCCUCUGGCUCUGUAUUCUAAACUUUGUGUUUCUUUUUUUCUCUUUCUGUAUGCUUCUCUUAUGUGCUUCAGAUUAAGAGUUCUAUUUAUUAUGACAUUAACGUUAUUAUAAUUAUGACUAAUUAUUAAUAUUAUCAUCAUCCUCAUCAUCAUCAUUAUUAUCAUGAAUAAACUUGUCUACUUCAA